CUCAAGUACAGAAGUUAGGAAGGAACAAAUAAUUAAAUUAAAGAAGCAAAAGAGACAUAAAUAUGGUGCAAAAAGAUGACAUAGAAGAUGCACAGAAACCAUCCAAUAAUUCAACUGUAUCUUACGCUAACCCUAAGCCACGUGGCGAAUUACCAUUCCUCCUCAUUUGCCCCGAAUGAUAAUCUUUCGGCUCACCGGAGAGGGACACACAGAAAGACUAUAGAAAAGAAAGAGAGAGAGAGAGAGUGUGUUUUAUUUUUAAAGAGAGAGAGAGAGAAUUGAGAAAGAUAAUGGAGCAAGAUGAGUGGUUGGGAACGCUAAGAUACGCCGGCAAGGCGCAGGAUAAGGUUUCCGUCGACAGUCUCAUGCUCCGGUACCGUCCGAUCGCUCCAAAGCCGACGACUGGUCAACCAUGCGACAACAACAACAACUCAAACGGUAUGAGCAAACGAACCAAACGAAAGUACGUUAGGGUUUCCAAGAAUAAUAAAACCACGUGUCGAGGUAAGAGCAGAUCUGACGUGUCUGAUGGUCGGGAACAAGCUGGAGUCGUGACUCUUCAACUCAUGCCCGAAAAGUCCGAUCUGUCAGGCGAAUAUACGCCGUUGGAUCAGGAUACUCUCGAUCCGUCGGUGAAAACGAUAAUCGGAGUAGAAACACGAGAAACCAACACAUGGGCCAUGUUUAACGGCGGUGUGACGGCGGAGGUAGAGACAUGGGUGACGGUGGAGUCCGUCACAGGCGUAUAUGACGGUGGUUCGAGUUCCCAUGCGGUGGGGUGCACGGACGUAGAGAUGGUGGAUAAUCUAGGUAAAGACACGUGUCCUGCCUUCGUAUCUGAUGCCUCGAACCGCGUGGUUUGGGUUAACGAGGCUUACCGGAGAAAUGUCUCCGGUGAAGAUUGGUCGACAUCUUUGUCGUUGCCGGAUGCGACGGUGUGGUUGGUGGUGGAUGAGUCGACGGUGGCUAUGUAUUGUAACUACCGAGCUUUCACGUGUAGGGUGAGGAUGCAGUACACCUGGCAGGAUACAAAGUAUACCAAAACGGUGCCGUGUGAUGUAUGGAAAAUGGAGUUUGGUGGCUUUGCAUGGAGGCUAGACACAACAGCUGCUCUGACUCUCUGGCUUUGAUGCUGGUUGCUGCCUGCCUGAAAGAUGAUGGUAAGAAUGAUAUAAGGUUAAGCUAUGUGACUUAAAAGUGCGACUAAUCACAACCUUUUAAUCACUUUAGCGAACUUUUUUUAGGCAUAUAAGAAGGUUGAAUAAGAAACAAGUGAUGAUAAUGUUGAGAAGUAUAUAUAAAGAGCUGGGAAUGCUUAAAUAUAUUGAACAUGCUGUAAUAAUGGCAGAUGUUUAUUGGAAAACAUUUAAAUAAAAGAUGCCAUUGUAUGGUUUCCUACCAGUUUUGGCUUCUGUUUAUAUUCUAGAUCGAUAAAUCUGCUAGAUAUAUAACAGAUCAGUGUGUUUUGAGAUAUAGUCUGUUAUUUCGCUGUUACAGUGUAUUUUAGGUAAAAUGAAUUUAUAUAACAUGAUUUAAACUAUAUUGUAAAAUAAAUUUGAUCCUUGG